CGAAGCGGCGGCCGCGAUCGGUCCCCCCAGCCCCCCGUCGGCCGCAUGUCGUCGCUGACGGUCAACACGGGCCGGGCCGCCGCCCUGUCGCUCUCGUCCGCGCCGGCCUCGCCGCUGCUCGAGUCGUACCACGGCACCUAUCAGAACUGCUCGCCCAUGCCCUCGCCCCUGCUGCUCGCGUCCACGCACCCGUCGGAGCUGCCCAGGGUCAUCGACGCCCUGUCGCCGCUCUCGGACGGCGAGGGCGACGGCACCAGGCUCAGCCGGCGCGCCCGCUUCCACGACGCCGUCGACAUCGCCUCCCGCCUCGCCCAGGCGCUCAAGGGCACCCACAAGCCCGACGUCGGGCCCCUCAUCGAGAUCCUGCCCAGCCUCUCGCACGAGCAGGUCAUGGAGCUGCGCGCCGAGUACAAGCUCAUUGUCAAGACGGGCGCCGACCGCAAGGGCGUCAACAUUGCCAAGCACAUCCGCGCCCGCCUCAAGGACGAGGACCCCCUGCUGAUGAAGGCCUGCUACGCCGUCGCCCUCGGCAAGUGGGAGAGCGAGGCCUACUGGGCCAACUUCUGGUACCAGGGCGACAAGACCCGCCGCGAGCUGCUCAUCGAGUCGCUCAUGGGCCGCACCAACGAGGAGGUCCGCCGCAUCAAGGACGCCUUCUCCGACAAAAAGUACGACAACAGCCUGACCAAGUGCAUGAAGACGGAGCUCAAGGAGGACAAGUUCAAAAAGGCCGUCCUCAUGGUCCUCGACGAGCGCCGCAUGGAGGAGUACGACUACGAGGGCCGCAGGCUGCCGCUCGACUACAAGCUCAUCGACCAGGACGUCGCCGACCUCUACAAGGCCGUCAAGUCCGACAAGGGCGGCGAGACGCUCAUGAUUUCCAUUGUCGUCCAGCGGAGCGACGGCCACCUGCGUGCCGUCCUCAAGGAGUACGAGCACCAGUACCGCAGCAACUUUGCCCGCGACGCUCUCAAAAAGAGCAACAACCUUGUGGGCGAAGUCCUCGCCCACAUCCUCAACGGCGUCAUCAACCGCCCCGUGCGCGACGCCCUCCUGCUGCAGCACGCCAUCACCGCCUCGCGCAAGGACCCCCUCCGCAAGGAGCUGCUCAUCUCCCGCCUCGUCCGCUACCACUGGGACUCGUUCCACAUGCAGGACGUCAAGAGGGCGUACCGCGAGCGCUACGGCCAGGACCUGCAGGACGCCGUGCGCGAGGCCACGGGCGGCCAGCUGGGGCUGUUUUGCAGCGAGCUGUGCAUUGCGAGGAUGCCGAAUGAGAUUCGGAGAAUGGACAGCAGGUGA